UAUGCUUUGUCAUGGUGAUACAUUGUUGGAAAUACAUUUAAAAUUGAAAAACUGAACAGAAAAACUGUCAAAAUUAAAUACAACAUAUAACAGAGUAAAAUGACAUGCAACUUGUAUUUUCUAUUGCUUUUGUCUUUGUGUGAGCAUCUUUCAGGUCACUUGAAGAAAUGACAAAAAACCAGGCUGACAUCUGCUUCCCAAAGAGAGAAAGAGACACGUGUAUUCUCAAAAGGCCAUACAAAAUCUUGCUUAUGGACAUUAUAUUAUUCUACUUGCAUUUAGCCUUCAUUUAUUUCGCUCACACCACUGAGCAGCCAGCAAAUCCCAGUUCAAAAUGCCUCGCUUUUGAUGGGAACUUAUAUUUCAGCGUAAUGUUCAUAUUUCCUGGUAACUUUUUUCUCAGCAAGAAUAACUGAUUUUAAAUUCCCCGAUUGUUUCCUCUGAUAUUUAAAUACCCUACAAAAUCAAAUUCACUCACUAAACUGAAACCUGAGGAAGCUAUCCAAAAUGGCUGUUCUACGAGUAAGAUUCACUAAAACCCAGAGGGACAGGCUUGCCCAGGUGCUAUGGUUGCUGAACUGGAUCUCGGUGGUGACGGGCCUCAUCCUGUUCAGUCUGGGCCUUUUCCUAAAAGUGGAGAUCAACAAGAGGAGGGAGGUAAUGGCUAGGCAGGAAGUUCAUUCUGUACCAGAUAUGCUAAUUGCAGUGGGGCUGAUAGCUUGUGUGAUAAAUUUUGUUGGAGGAAAGAUCUGCUAUGACUGUGUAGACACCAACAGGUUCUUGCGCUGGAAGCUUGUGAUGCUCCCUUAUAUAAUUUGCACAUUCUUCUUCACCCUAUGUGUGCUGGUCGGUGCAAUAAUGUGCUACACCAUGCAUGAGGAACUGAAGGAAUCCCUAGCACACGGCCUAAAAGAUGCUAUACGCUACUAUAAAGAUACAGACACACCAGGCCGUUGCUUCCUUAAAAGCACUGUUGACCUGCUGCAGCUCCAGUUUCAGUGUUGCGGUAAUGCAGGCCACAGGGACUGGUUCCAGAUUCAGUGGAUCAGCACUCGCUACCUCGACAUGUCCAAGCGGGAAGUGGUGGACCGUUUACACAGCAAUGUGGAAGGAAAGUACUUGGUUGAUGGGGUACCUUUCAGCUGCUGUAACUUCAACUCACCUCGACCAUGCAUUCAGUAUCAAAUCACCAACAACUCAGCCCACUUUAACUACAACUACCAGACAGAGGAGCUCAACUUAUGGAGUAAAGGCUGUCACCAAGCUUUGGUGGAAUACUUCACCUACAUAAUGCACGCAAUCGGCCUUAUUGUCCUUCUCAUCUGGCUAUUUGAGCUCUCUGUACUCACUGGUGUCCGGUACUUGCAAACAGCCCUGGAGAAUGUGCUGCUUCAAGGAGACCCCGAGUCUGAAUCAGAAGGAUGGCUGCUGAAGAACAGCUUUGCAGAAACUGCACGCUCUAGCUUCGACAUCAUAAAAAACCUGGGCAAGUGCAAUCAAAUUGAGGCUGCAAAUGAGGACCCCAAUGUAAACAGGCCAUCCAUAGCACACUACGGUCCUGAUAACGUUCCUCCAAAGCAAAUACCUGUGGUCAGUUAACCUUAUCCCUGUGCAUUUGUCCAAACUAUCACUAUCAGCCUGAACAGCUUGUUUUCUCCAUUCUUAUACUAAUCCUAUGAAACAAGAAAAUGAUUUUAACCCUCUGACUGGACUGGACAGUGUGCAAACUGGACAGCACAUAGACAUUUUAAUUCUAUUCAGUGCAUAACAGGUGAGCAGAGAGCUUAGCACUCACACCAGUGAUACAGGAACAUGUCUAAACAGGAGCUAUACAUAAUGACUGCAGAACAUCUUACUGAAGAAGACUCACUUUUCAAAUUUAAUGUGAAACAGAAUAAGUAUAAAGCAAGUUAUCAUGAGACUUGAUGCUACAUAAAGUCUUAAAUUCACUCUGUGAUCACACUUCAGUCUUACUGUUAACUGAGUGAUUCUGAGAAUGCCUUCUGCAGCAUAUGAUUUUUUCUUCUCAUUUUAAUGUUGUUUCUAAUGUUGCUUUAGAUUUUAGAUACUGCUUUCAUAGUGUUAUAAUUCACGAACAAGAUAGAUGCACCAUGUGACAGUGUGAAUUCAACAUUAUUGAUUAAUUAGAACAGCAGAAUUAAUUGUAUUUAAUCUCAAACGUGUGCCUUCACCUCAGUGCUGAACUAGGAAAGCUGGUGUGAAACUACCUCCAAAGCCUCUUUUUAAUACCCAAGUUUAAAUACUACAACACUGAAUGAAAUAUACUGCACUACUUGAAGGGUUUAAAAUGCUUUUUUUUUUCUUUUUUUUUUUAAAUUAAAGUGACUGAAGCUAAGGGGCACUUACCUUAAUUGGUUUCGGUGGAAGAAAUUAGAAAUACCACUAAGAAUUUUAAUCCAUAAGCCUUCCUUAUUUUAGUGUAUAACAUUUUGGUAGAAAUGUCAGUAAAAUAUAUCUAGAACUGUACAAAAUGAGCAUGCUAGUGACAGAUAAUUAGAUUGAAAUAUUGAUGAAAUCCAGAGGAAGAGGAGGGAGAGACCUAAAAAAAAAAAAAACAAUUAAAUAAUGAAAAUACAGCAUCAUGUGAGAUAAGGGGACGUUCAGAGGAUUUCAUUUGUCACAUAUCCUGAAGAUAAUGUAAAGCUAGAAUGCUUUUGUAUUGUACAUUGUUACCCUGAUGAAAACCAGAGUUUUUUUUUUUUUUUUUUAAA